AUGGCGGGUCUUGUGAAAGCUAAGGACUAUGACUGGAAAGACUCAAACAUGGAGCUUUUCGGCUCCUCAAAGGAUAGGCAGGUAAAAAAGGAGUCCGCGAUGACGGAGAAGUGUUGGGAGCCUGUUGGCAGAGCAACGUCGCCCUUCCUCAUGGUCUGGCGUGUCAAUCAAUUUACCCUCGAGCCGGUGCCCAGUGAUGAAAUUGGGAAUUUCUACAAUGGCGAUUCCUACGUCAUCUGCAAGGCAACGAGAAGCCCUGGUGGUGACAAGCUGCUCUACAAUGUCCAUUUCUGGAUUGGCAAGCACAGCACAGCUGAUGAAUACGGUACCGCUGCCUACAAGACUGUCGAAUUGGACACCUUCCUCGAUGAUGCUGCCGUCCAACAUCGCGAGGUCGAAGGCUACGAGUCGCAACUCUUCAAGAGCUACUUUGACAAGCUUGUCAUCCUAAAGGGUGGCUACGCCUCCGGUUUCCGCCAUGUAAAGCCAGACGAGUACAGGCCACGUUUGUUGCGCUUCUGCAAGGAAGGUAAAACCACCUAUAUGCGCCAGGUGGCCUUCAGCAAGCAAUCCGUCCACUCUGGUGACGUCUUCAUUCUGGACCUGGGCAGCCGGGCCUAUCAGUUUAACGGCUCCAAGUGCUCUGCUUUUGAGAAGAGCUCGGCUGCAGCUUUUCUGCAGGAUUUGGAGAGCAAGCGUAAUGGACGCUGCAAUACUUCCGUCUUGGAUGAAGCCGACACACCACAGGAUCACGAAUUCUGGACUGCGCUACCCGAUGUACCUGUGAAAGAGCUAGAACCUCCCAAAGAAGUUAUCAAGUCGCUCUACAAGUUGUCUGACUCUAGUGGAAAAUUGGAGUUGACGAUUGUGAGCGAGGGAUCGGCUUCCAAGCAUGACAUUAAGCCCGACGAUGUCUACAUAAUCCUCACCAAGGAGGGUCUCUUCGUCUACAUAGGCAAGGAUUGCUCUGUUUUGGAGAAGAGAAACGCUCUUUCUAAUGCCCACAAAUUCUUACAGACCUGCCCCAACCCUUUCUUGCCCAUCACCGUUGUGACUGAUGAGCAGGCAGAAUCAUUCCUAAAGGGCAUUUGGGAUGAGUAG